UCCCACGUCAUGUGUAUCACUUUGGACAGCUUUUACCAAGUUGUAUCAAAUAAUGUUCAAAUUUAUUUAAUGACAGCUUCUGGAAACAGCACAACUCUGUUCACUUCGCAGGUGAGGCUCACCUGUAAACGCACCUGUAUGCUACGUUCAUAUCUGUGCAGUGAAACAGAGAAUGAAACCACGAAGACAACUUUAUUAGUAGUCGCAUGACGUUGACGUCAUUUGGAAUGCGGACUACAUACGGAUGCAUUGUCAGGGGUAAUUGACCUGAAAAGAAGUUUAGGGACACAAAAGCUGCAGAAAUGCUCCGUAUUCUCUGCUGUUGCUGCUUCUCGGAUGGAAACUCCAGCGACGAGAGGCAGCCUCUCCUGCUGCCUGGACCACCUGAUCUGGAUGGACCUGGAUCAGCAAGGCAGACCCGGCCAGCACACAAUGACACACAGAAUGUGCAGAGGUUUGGUAGGUUGGUGAUGAGACGGAUAGGUGUGCCAGAGUUUGACCAGAGGUUUACCGACAUGGCUGAGACCUUCAAUGAACAGCAGCAGCGCUAUGAGUCCAUGGUCCGACAUAUCAGAAACCUACGUCAGACUUACGGUUGCAACCAUGAUGAUAGCCUGGCUUUAGCUGAGUGUGUGGGGAAGAUCAGGGAGGAGCAUGAGGCGAAGCACAGGGUCUCCUUAAAGAUUAAGGGCUAUGACUUCUCCCUCAAUGUGGUUCCUGUGGGAUCAGAGGGAGAAAUGGAGGAUCCAAUGCCUCCACAUCUGCGUUUAGCUCAAGAUGAACUGAAGAAAACUUCUGAGAGUGCCAAGGCUACCAUCUCAAAGGGUACAGCGCUUCAGGAGAUGAUUGGUUGGCUACUCCGGAGCAAGGAUCAGAUGACAGAGCAAGUUAAGGGAGCUGCAGGAACCUACCAGGAGGAAGGAAGACUGAUGGAGAACCUGGAAGAGAACAUUAAGGAAGUGAGGAGGGCGAAGGAGCUUUCACUGGGAUACAAACAACAGGCUGGGGAAGUUCUCACUGAGGCCGCACAGAUAGCAGGGGCAAAUCUGUAGUGCUUUCAUAUUUUUGAUACUUUCUUUGAAUCCACCAGUUAUAGCACUCAUGCACUGCACAUGUAACAAACACCAGUAUAAGGUAUCAGGUUCAUUUCUUAGAACAUGCCAACAUCUACCUGCUGCAUGCAGGACUUCAAGCAUUUAUUGAAAUGUACAGAGUGAACACUCUGCUUUGCAGGCCAUUGUAGCCUUUUGUAUCGUGUUUGCCCCAAAAUCAAGAAGGCUUGCAUCUUAACUGCCUUUUAAAUGUUCCAUAAAACAUUUAUUAAAUGUUAGAAGACUUAAAAUAUGUAUGAAAGACCUACCGGAUGGAUGUAGUUUUACCAGCUAACACUAGGGGGCAAAGUAGACUCACUUUAAUAUCACUGCUCCUUAGUCCAGAAUAUAUAGUCUGGCCUGACAAGUUGCACUACAUGGAAAAAGACUAUUUGAAUCACAGAAGAAGGCAUCAAAGAAUUUAUAAAUAACCAUUUUUACAAGUAUCACUGUGCAGUAUUAUAUGUUUCUUUUAUAAUGCAACAGGUGACCAAACAGGAUGCAGUUUCCAAUACCUGCUAAAGGAUUGGUCUGUAGUGGGUGUGUUUUGUUAUUGUUAGAUUCUAAGGGACUGCAUUUGCUCUUAAUCAGUUCCUGCACUUAUUAACAGAUUAAAGAGGCAGCCAUUGCCAUUAAUGUGAAAGCAAACACAUGGACAUAUGCCAUCUUGAUAAUUAAUUUUAGAAAGUCCUUUGUUUAAAAGGUUAUUGUCAAGUUGUCAUGCAUUAUUUAUCCGAGGGGGACAGUUUUAGCUACCGCUUUCGCCUAAUGCUUUACGGAUUAAUCUCUCAUGAAGUGUGGAGGGUGUGAUGAGUAAAACCUGGAAACAAGUAUUUCAUCUUUUUAAUGAAAAUGUUUGUGAAAUAAAACCAAUAAAACAGCAAACAUGUAAUAAAAAUGAAAUAAAGUAAUGAAAUGUUGUAAGAAUGUCCAAUAGAAUAAUCCUUAUUAUUGAGUCAUUUCAGUUUGAUAAUAUUCAAGAUUCAAGAUUCAAGCUUUAUUGUCAAGUGAGCUCGCACACAAAGAAUUUGACGUGGUGAAUGGAACGCUGGUACUUAACAAGACAGU